AACCUCCCUUCGGCUUUCCCCCACAAGAACCUUCCUCCUCUACAACCCCUUUAUAUACCUAUCUUUUCUUCCUCUCCUUUUUAUACAAACAAAAAUUGAUCCCUCUCUUUCUUUCUCUGUGUACAGAAAAGAUAAGGUCGAGCGCAUAGUGUUUCAGUUGUAUAUUCAUUUCAAAACAAAAUACUCUGUUUCUGAACCUCAGUUUGCUCUGUUUUCCCCAAUGGCUUCUUCCUCUGUUUUCUUCACUCUUUUCACUUUCUUCUCACUCUUCCUUUUCUCCUCCUCCGCAGAAACAUUAGUUUUCCCUUUAACACAUUCUUUCUCGAAAACCCAAUACAACAGUACUCAUCAGCUCCUCAAAUCCACCUCCGCUCGCUCCGCCACUCGCCUCCACCACCACCGUCAAGUCUCCCUCCCUCUCACUCCAGGAAGUGAUUACACGCUCUCCUUUUCCCUUGGCUCUCAAACUAUUUCCCUCUACAUGGAUACUGGAAGCGACGUCGUUUGGCUCCCUUGCCACCCUUUUGACUGUAUUCUAUGUGAAGGCAAGUAUAACCCUUGUACUAUCCCUAACCCGGGCCCACUUAAUCUCACCUCUGCUGUCCCCGUCACGUGCAAGUCACGCUCCUGCUCCGCCGUCCACUCCUCUAUGUCUUCCUCUAACCUCUGCGCUAUGGCGAAAUGCCCGCUCGAAGACAUUGAAAUUUCCGACUGUAAAUCUUACACGUGUCCACCUUUUUACUAUGCUUAUGGCGACGGGAGUUUCAUUGCGAAAUUAUAUAGCGAUAAAUUAUCAAUGCCCACGUCAUCGCCGUCGUCGCUAAUUUUGCAUAAUUUUACGUUCGGCUGUGCUCACAGUGCACUUGGUGAACCUAUUGGAGUAGCUGGUUUUGGCCGUGGGAGACUUUCUUUACCGGCUCAACUCGCUAUUAACUCACCGGAAAUCGGAAAUUUCUUCUCUUAUUGCUUGGUUUCUCAUUCUUUUGAUACUACAAAAGUUCGUAAACCGAGUCCGCUCAUUCUCGGUCGUUACUCAGUUGAUGAAAAAAUGAAGCAAAUGAAAGAUUACGAAAUUGGUUAUGCUUAUACUCCUAUGCUCGAAAAUCCAAAACACCCGUAUUUUUACUGCGUCGGACUUGAAGCAGUGACUAUAGGGAAAAUGAAGAUUCCGGCGCCGGCGAGUUUGCGGCGAGUCGACGGCAGAGGAAACGGGGGAAUGGUGGUGGAUUCUGGUACGACUUUUACUAUGUUGCCGCAUGUGUUUUAUGAAACAGUGGUAACUGAAUUUGAUAAACGAGUUGGACCGGUUUAUAAGCGAGCGAACCCGGUCGAGGAACGAACCGGGCUUAGCCCGUGUUACUAUUUGGAUAAGGGUUCUUCAAAUGUGCCACAGCUGCUUUUACAUUUUGGGGGUAAUUCCAGUGUGGUGAUGCCUAAGAGGAAUUACUUUUAUGAAUUUUUGGACGGUGGAGAUGAUGGGAAGUUAAAAAGGAAAGUGGGGUGUGUGAUGCUGAUGAACGGUGGUGUUGAAGAGGAAAGUGGGCCCGCUGGGUUAUUGGGUAAUUAUCAGCAACAAGGGUUUGAGGUUGUUUAUGAUUUGGAAAAGAAGAGAGUUGGAUUUGCCAGGAGGAAGUGCGCAUCUUUGUGGGAUGAUUUGAACCAGCACUAAUGUGCACCUUUGCGUAGCUGAUCAGAUUCGACGUUGACUUUGACUUUAUGGUGAAGUCAAAUUGGGUCGGACUACUUGAUGAAAUGGGUCGGGUAAGGAUCCAUGGAUAUUUUGGGAAUAAGAAGUGGAAUGUGGUUGAUAUUUUUUCUAUUUUGUCAUUGUAUAGCUGGAGUUUUGGUACAUAUUAGACAAAAAUAAUUUGAAAUAUAGAAGGGAGAAAUGAGGCAAAAUGAAUAAAAUGUGUAUGUAAAUUUGUGGCAUUGGAUUUGUUAAAUUCUUUUUUUGUUUUUGUAGAUUAUGUAAACUGGUGCUGAAUGUAAUUAUUUUUGAAGAUAUUUAUGAUA